AAAGGUCUGAAUGCAUGAUUGGAUACAGCUGUGCAGCUCUGCGUGUGCAGAAACAGUCCUGACAUCUGAAUUAGGCCAUAUUGUGGAGGAUCAUGGAUGAUUUGGCAUUGGAACGUUACUUUGAUGAUUCUAUCGCAAAUGACCCAAGCUACAUGGUUGAGGAGGAGCUUGAUCUUCAAAGCUCUCUCAAACAGUCACAUGCAUCAAGCACCAACUCACAGAAUUCAUUCAACCUAUUGGGUGAGACUGAAACAAGUGGCAGGUUGGGUAAUGAUCUAGACCUCAGCUUCCUACCUGAUGACCUCAGCAAUCAAAGCUCUAGUAUCACAGCCCUAGCUACAGCAGCCACAAAUCAAAAUGCUGAGCUUGAUGUUUUGGAGGACAGUGGCAUAAAUCUGGAUGAUGAUUUGCACAAUAUUGCUGCAGUGAAACGUCAAGUUCCAGUCAAUUUGGGAUCGGAGAGCAAUGCUUCCCCGUUCUGUCCUAUGACUCCAAUGACCCCGAUGACUCCAAUGACCCCUGUGACAGAGAAAUCGGGAAUCAUUCCACAGCUACAAAACAUUGUCUCCACUGUAAACCUUGGUUGUCCGUUGGAUCUAAAAUUUAUUGCACUCCAAGCCAGAAAUGCAGAAUACAAUCCAAAGCGCUUUGCAGCUGUAAUCAUGAGGAUCCGUGAGCCUCGAACAACAGCACUGAUCUUCAGCUCAGGGAAGAUGGUCUGUACAGGAGCCAAAAGCGGCUGCAGUGAGGAGCAGUCCCGUCUGGCAGCGAGGAAAUAUGCCCGGGUAGUCCAGAAACUUGGCUUCCCUGCCCGGUUUCUCGACUUUAAGAUUCAGAACAUGGUGGCCAGCUGUGACGUCUGCUUCCCCAUCAGACUGGAAGGACUGGUUCUCACCCACCAACAAUUCAGCAGUUAUGAGCCUGAGUUAUUCCCAGGACUCAUCUACCGGAUGGUGAAGCCUCGUAUCGUCCUGCUCAUCUUCGUAUCUGGGAAGGUGGUUCUGACUGGAGCUAAAGAACGUGCAGAGAUCUACGAAGCCUUUGAGAACAUUUAUCCCAUCCUGAAGGGCUUUAGAAAGCAGUGACAGCAUUUUUGUUCUUGUGUAAUUAAAAUGAUAUGUGUUUAAUGAUUUGUGGAUAUGUUAAAUUCAGUGUCACACCAUUGUUGAUUUCCCUCAAACAAAAUAAAUAUUUUUUUAAAAUGUU